AGUUGUGGACGGAGAGAUGGAGAGAGAGAGAGAGGGGAGGGGGAGGGAGCUGAGAAGGCAGAAGCAACAGCUUGAGAAACCUGGGGAAACAGUGGAAAGUCGGUGCCGCUAUUAAAGGAGAAGGAAGUGGGACAGGCAAGGAAACGUACAAGUAUUAUAACAAACAUGCCUUAAAGAAGCGAGAGACGAGCGGGGGAAUUAAUUUUGGGUAAGAAAAGAUCAGAAUGAGAAGAAAGUGUGAUGAUGGAUUAGUCAUUGGAUUAAGUUGAAGCAAAAGCAGCGGAGAGGUAAGAGGAGACCCCGGGCCUGUCGGCCAGAAAGGGAGAGAGAGUGACUGUGUCCAAAACCGGGUCCAGUAGUCAGGACAGACAGACACGGUAAAAAAAAACAAGAGAGGAAGUCGUUGGCAGUGGCAGCAUCUGCAUCUGAAUGAGAGUUUACGAGAGAUGCGUAUCAGAGGAUAUGCGUGAGAGGGAACUCACGUUAUGAAGACUUUAAUGCUUUGGCUGCUUCCUGCGAUUUUACUGUGCUCUUUCUUCAGUGUGGCCUUCUGGUUAUUUCUCUCCAACAAUAAUGUAGUGCCUCAUCCUUCACCUAAGAUUGGCCAAAAAGGGUCAGAUACAUCAAAAUCUUGCAAGGGAUGCAAAGACAAUCUAUUAAUUGCCAAAGCAUUGGAGAACUACUCAAGUGAAUGGAAGGCAGUGGAGGGAAACAUUAAAAAGUUCAGCACUUCUAUUCUCACGCCAGCAUGGAUUAUUUACAAGUCAAUACUAAGCAGCAAGUGUCAUGGUGUGUCUAAGGCUGUGGUCACGCAGAGUAACACACCAGUGGGUUCAAAUGUUGUCUAUGAUGGAGAGAGGAGAAAGCCACUGCAGGUGACACCUGCUCUGUUCAACAUCUUUGCUAAGAAGCAGCCCUUUGGAAAUGCCACAUUUGAAUCGUGUGCUGUGGUGGGGAACGGAGGAAUUUUGUCCAAUAGCAGCUGUGGAGAGAAAAUUAAUUCAGCCCAGUUCGUCAUCAGAUGUAAUCUUCCACCACUAGGGAACGGAUAUGAGCAAGAUGUGGGAAACAAAACAAACUUGGUGACUGCAAACCCCAGCAUCCUCCAUGAGAAGUACAGCGGACUGAUGGAUCGACGUCGUCCGUUUGUGGAAAGCCUCCGUCCCUACGGACAAGCCUUACUGCUGCUGCCUGCAUUCUCCUACGGCCACAACACACCCGUAUCCCUGCGUGCCUUUUACACACUGGAGGACUUUGGCAGAGAAGGUCCGCUGCCCAUUUUCCUGAACCCGGACUACAUGAGGAGACUGUCGAAAUUCUGGCGCGAACGAGGGCUCAACUCGGUUCGCCCCAGCACAGGACUCAUCAUGGCUAGCUUGGCGCUAGAGAUGUGCACUAACGUCCAUUUGUACGGCUUCUGGCCUUUUAAUAAACAUCCGGACGACAGUCGUCCGAUCACCAACCAUUACUACGAUAAUCGGGAGAGCAAAAAGAACGUACAUUCCAUGCCGGCUGAGUUCGAGCAUUUAUUAAAACUCCACAAGGAUGGUGUGCUGCAUAUACACCUGGGCGAGUGUCAACCCAACCACAGGUAAAACACAAGCCUCAUGUACAUCCGUGUAUGUACAUCCCCACAGAAUACCUCUUCAUCUGAUCAAGAACUGCACUACCAUGAAGCUGAAAGAUUUAAGGCCUUACUGAACAAGAAGCAGCGUUGAAUGUAAAUCUGUAUCAUUUGUAUGGCUGACUUAGCAGCUAUGAACAUUCAUUGCCUUAAUUUUAGUUUUUCUUUUUAAAUAUUUUGCACAGUAAAUGAUCGGUUAAAAUGAAUGUGACGAUGUUAGCCUCUGAACUGUGAAGGAAUUUAAUUAGGAAAAUGCCUUAGAGGAGCAUCCUCCCUAAACACCCUAUGCACUCCUUCACGCGUUUAUGCCUUAGUCAGCUUUGCACAUGCUCACUAUUGGUGAUCCUACAGCUGUUGCCACUCAUUCAUGCCAAAUGCUGGAUGCUUAAAAUGAGAAGAAAUCUGAUUUCAGAUGUGCACUAUUAUUUAUAAUAGCAUGAGCACUGAAUUCAAUCUCCGACAUACACUCGCAAACUUCCCUAAGCACUUUUUGAAGUGCCUUCAACUUUAUGAAGUAGACGUAUGGUGUGUGUAAAGUCUACUCAUUGGUAUCCUUCAGGAAGAUCCAUAGACCACAAUGCAACCCCAUUGCAAUGAACUUUCUAUACUGUAUUUUACACUGUUUUUGAGAUCUGAUCACAGCAAAGUCUUGCUUCUUUCUUUUGAGAUGAGUUGCAAGCACUGGUCUACGGUCAUUUGUGCAACAUAAGCAAUGACGUACAUUCGAGUGAAUGAGGGGAAGAGCAUAUAGGGAAGUGUACUUGACCCCAGCCCUGAACUCUGAUAUUAGCUACAGUAAGGCUAUGUCCGCAUUAAUCUGGAUAUAUUUUAAAAUCUUUUGUGCAUUUACACUGAGGAUAUUUGUCUGUAGUAAAAAAUCUCUUAUAAGUGAAUUGAUUUGAAACUGUUGUAGUGUGAACUGUAUAAACCAUGAUAUGUAUUUGUUUAGUCAUGUGAUGCAGUCCAUUCAACUUAGCAACCCCAAGUUUAACCUCGGCCUUAAAUGUGUAAAGAUCACCUGACAGAUUUGAAAAGAGCACAUGGUUUUUAAAUCCUGUUACUGCACAUGUGAUGAAAGCUUAAGUGUUUACAGAUGUGCAGUGAGGACGUUACUGGGUAGGUUUUGAAAAGUAUGUGUGGAGAUGUUUUGAAACAAAAACACUUUUCAAAUGUAUCUGGAUUAAUGUGAACAUGUGGGCUUAUAAGAGAUAUUGAGAAUAUCUGGAUGAUUGAAAACACGAAGCAAGAAGAAACAUCAGUAUGACUUAAAAAAUAGGAGUUUUUCACAGCGAUGGCAUAAGAACCAGAUUUGGUUUCCCAAAGAACCUUUGUCAAAGGUUCCUGGAACAACUUUCUAACCUUUUUAUACAACCUUUAUCCUUUACAAAAAUUUUAAAGUUCUUUAUGGUACCAUACAGUCAGACAAUAAACCUAUAAGUACUUUUUUCUUUAGGACUGUAGUGGCAAAACCAAAUGUGCCAAUUUGAAUGCCCAAUCUGAGCAUGGAAAUUUUCACAUAUGCAUUACUGUGUUUGGUUUGAAUGAUUAAUAAAAAAAAUACAUUUCAG